AUGACUGCCGUUCUGCAAGCCACCGACAUCCUCCGCAAGGACAGAGGCAUGGCAUCUAUGGACGACAGUGCUAUCAACGCGUUCUCCUCCUCGGGUACGGACUGGAAGACGAAGUACAUGGAGGUCGCAGAUAUGCUGGCAGAAACGCGGGCCGAACUGGAUGACUUCCACCAUUCCAGCAAGGAGCUCGAGGAGGAGCUCGAACGAGAGCUUGAGAGGACGGAGAAGGCUCACCAGGAUUUAAAGGUCAAAGUAGCCAGGGCGGAGACCGAGAGAGAUGACUGGAAGUCUAAAUUCAUGUCCUUUCAAACCACUCACAACACAACGACGACCUCUCUCCAAAGGGAGCUGGAUACCCUGCGGCAAGAGCACCAGAGAAUCAAGAUCCAGUUGCGCGAGUUGGAGAUGGGUAACGACGACCUCGAACGAAACGAGCGAGCAAUUUCGUCUAGUUUGGCAGACGUUGAGCAGAAGUAUGCGCGGGCGCUGGAGGAGAAGAUUCUACUUGAGCACGAGCUGCUUGACAAGGCAAACGUAGAGGAGGAGUCUCAGCGAAUGAAGGACGAGUUGAGGGAUGCCAAUGAGGAGAUUGCAAUUUUGAAAGACCAGCUGGCCUCCGCGCAGCAGCGUGUCAGCAACUCUUCUGUGCCUUCUUUGACCGCCCCAUCUUCGACGUCCAUCCAAUCCUCUCAACCCGACGCCACGCCAUCCUUGUCAGACGAAGAUCUCCUUCAUGUUCCCACUCCUCCCGACUUGUGUCUCGCCGAUCUCACCCCUCCACCGGACGUUCAGAUGAAGGAAUUUCCCUCAACACCCCUUACUAUCGUUUCACCACGCCCUCGCAAGCAGGGCACUGCCAUCUCCCCGCCCUCCAUGUUCCAUCGGACCGGCCUUCCUCCUUCACGCACAGGUGUCUCCACGCCAUCCAAUGGAAAUACUUCGCUCAUCCGUUCGGCCACCGUUCCUGUCCCCUCCCGCAGGGCGAAUAGUCCUUCACGUAUCGGGGCACCACGAACACCUGUCCCGCGCCCGCCUGUUAGUCGAAACGCCUCCACCCUUACCAAUAGUACAACGAGCACAGUCAAUGGCGUCCCCGCUACUGCCUCGAGGAGCAAGGGCGUACAGAUGGUCUCCGAGAUGCGGGCCCGUGUCAGGAUUCUGGAGCAGAAGAUCCACACACGAGUACCCAGACUACGCAUGGGAAGCGUCACUAGCCGUACCACUACCAAUCCAAUGCCGCCCCCGCCGGUUCCGGCAAAGGCGUCAGCUUCCCCAGCACCGUCUACAGCGUCGUCCAAAUCUGCAUCACUCGACGAACGAUUUGGCACGUUGCCAAAAUCCAGGAAACCAAGUGUUGAUCUGGAUGCUGAUACCAGGCGCACACCAGGCGGGGACUCUUCAGGAUGGGUCUUGGUUAUGGAAGAUACACCGUCACCCGUCAAGGACAAGGACAAGGAACGACGACGCACUUCAAGCCCACCUUCCUCUGCGCCCACCUCUUUCCGACCCAUGUCCUCCGUAUCCAUCGAGUCUCCUACCUCGAACGGAAGCAACAGCCGAGCGGGGAGUGCGUUGUCUCAAAGUGUUGCUCCAACAGGUAUUCGACGCCCUCAGUCCCGACUGUCAACGUCAACCGAAGGCCGGAGCAGCACCAGUACGACCGCGACGACCAGCACGACCAGCUCCGUUCACACUCCAUCAUCCCGUCCCACCACUCCCACUUUCCUCCCUGUACCCUCGGCAAGUUUGUAUGGCGGCUCCGGCAUAAAGCGCUCUACCGGUCCGGGCUCUGGAGCUUACGGACAAAGCAACGGGAAGCGUUCAUCGCUGGGCGCCAGUACUGCCCGUUCCCCUUCAGAAUCCCCCACAUUCCUCUCACACUCCAACGUCACACUGCGGCCACCGAAAGGCUCUGUUCUUCCCGCUCCCAACCUUGGGCAGAGUCGAAUUGGCAAGCCUUCGAGUGGACGGCGGAGUGCAGGCGGCAGUGAUCCGAUGGAUGCGUUCUUCGCUGACCCCAACAUCACCGCACGGAGAGCACGGGCAGGAAGCACCACGCUGAUGUACAGUCGGAACGGGGGCUGA